AUGGAGGAUAUUGAAUCCAUUGGUCCUGGUGAAAUUUGUUCCGUUUUUGGCGUGGAAUGCUCCUCAGGCGAUACUUUCACGGACGGUUCUACCAGCUUUUCCAUGACGAACAUGUAUGUUUCAAAACUGGUUAUCUCGCUGUCCAUCAAACCGAAAAGCCUUGAAACCCCAAAUUUUUCGCGUGCUUUGAAUCGGUUUCAGAAGGAAGAUCCUACAUUGAAAGUUCACAUCGAUCAUAAGGGCAAAGAGGUCCGGCUUCUACAUGUCCCGCCUUCUUAUCAACGUCCGGCUAACGACCGCCUCUUAUCUAGACCAUUACUUCCGGCAUGGGAGAACUUCAAUCAGAAAUAUAUGUGGAACGCAUGCGCAAACACUGAUUGCGUCUCUGGCAAACCUCGCGUAGCAUCCCGUGAGACUAUCACUCAACGCGCCGAUUUCGCCUACACGCACAAGAAGCAAAGUGGAGGCGUGGGGUCCAUACGCCAAAGUUGUUGGGGUUUCUAUGAAGCGUUUGAGAAAGGUGACUUGUGUGGUAACGCCAUUUUUGGACGCCAUUUAUCAAGGAUGAUGCCUUUCACGUCGUCAAUUCGUCUGAACAGGCUUUCCGAAUUGCAACCAUCGGUGCUUUACGUGAGACAUUCAAGAUGGCGAAAGGUGUUAUUUUGGAGCCAAUCAUGA